GGUCACUUGUUCUCUGCUGCAGCUCAGCUGACUGACAGCCAUGCGGUUCCGUUUCUGUGGAGAUUUGGACUGCCCUGACUGGGUGCUUGCCGAAAUUAGCACUUUAGCGAAAAUUUCAAGUGUCAAGAUGAAACUCCUCUGUGCUCAAGUGCUGAAAGAUUUGCUUGGAGAGGGCAUUGAUUAUGACAAGGUUGCAAAGCUUACUGCAGAUGCAAAAUUUGAGAGUGGCGACAUCAAAGCCAGUGUGGCAGUGCUCAGCUUCAUUUUCUCCAGCGCAGCAAAACAUGAUGUUGACAGUGAAUCUCUGUCCAGUGAGCUGCAGCAGCUCGGUCUGCCUAAAGAGCACACAACGGGGCUGUGCAAAUCAUAUGAAGACAAGCACUCUGCACUGCAAGACAAACUAAGAGAAACAAGCUUGAGAUUGGGACAUCUUGAGGCUGUUUCAUGGCGUGUUGACUACACUUUGAGUUCCAGUGAGCUGAGGGAGGUCGAUGAACCAGUGAUUCAGCUGAAACUGCAGGCAAAAGGAGCAGAAUCAGGCUCCACAGAGACAACUGUUGUUUCGGUUUCUUCUAAAAAGUUUAGAGUCUUGCUUACGGAGCUCAAACAAGCUCAGGCUAUGAUGAAUGCACUACAAUGAAGAUGGACUCCAGCUCAGACCUACAUUUCUGAUCAAAUAAUGCUGAUAGACUGCCAAAAGUGCCAUACUUAACAUCCUGUACUGUGUUAUUAUUAUUUUGUAUGGCUUUAGUAGUCUCAGUGGCUUUUCCCCAUAUUUAUUUGGACUGAGUGAUAUUUAGUUGUAUUUUUCUACCACCAUUGUAAUAAUUGUCAAAAAUGAGAAGUCUCCAAAAUGAUUAAUUUGUCAUUGAAGCAGAAUACGGAAUGGACCAUUUUUGUAAAAUAUUGUAUAAGUAAUGUAUAUUUUACCUUCAUAUACUCAUGAAUAAUUAUUAAAAAAAACAUGUUACA